UAAUAAUAUUUGUAAAUUUUGUGGGACAGAACUUUGACAAAAUUGGUAUAUUUGCUAGCAAAAAGCGACAUAUCCGUUUUCCCUUACUUAAAAAAAACUAUAUUAAAUAUGGGUGAAAGGUAUAACAUCCAUAGCCAGUUGGAACAUUUGCAAAGUAAAUACAUCGGUACUGGGCAUGCAGACACAACAAAGUUUGAGUGGCUCACCAAUCAACACCGGGACUCCCUCGCUAGCUAUAUGGGACACUACGACAUGUUGAAUUAUUUCGCUAUUGCAGAAAAUGAGUCCAAAGCCAGAAUCCGAUUUAAUUUAAUGGAACGCAUGUUACAGCCGUGUGGACCACCGCCAGAGAAAGCAGAAGACUAGUUUACUUACAGAAUGUUUGAUUUUUUACUGAAUAAAUUUUGGAUUAACAAGAAAGGAAAUAA